AUGUUCCGCAAACGUGGUGCCCUGAAGCUUGUAUUUAAUCGAUUUCAGCACCAAACCCCGCUUCCUUAUUUGGUAUCUACUCAUACGGGGGAAGUGUUUGAGGCCGUCCCGGUUAGCGGAGUUCCGUCCGAAUUCGGUUAUAUCACCCUCGUCCCCAGUUCGAUGAUGAGUCAUUUACCCAACGGAAUGAUGGGUGCACCUCCUGGUUACGGCCUCUCGGAAAAUCCAUCUGUUUGUGCACCUAUUUCAGAUCACCCAACAGAAUCCAUAUCGAACAGAUUUCAUCAGACCACAUUUCCUCCGGGCUCCCACAAUGAUCCCACUACGGCUGGUUUCACACAGUUUGCUCAAGAACAAAAUAUGAUGCAUCUGAACUAUAUUACCGAUUGGCGACGUCGAUGUGAUGACGAAGCUCAGGAGAUGGUCAGUCGAAUCAAACAAUCUCAGAAUCUAUCGGAUCAUCGUAUGCUCGGUCAAACAUUGGCUUGCACCGAGGAUUUGUUGAAAGAAAUCCGACUAGGUCUACACCCAAGCAAUGUGAAGUGUUUUGAACUCAGCGUGGAACAUUUCAUCAGUCAGCUUGUCAGUGCGGUGACCACCAGCUAUCAUGCACGCGGACAACCCGCCGCUUAUCCGAACUCCAUGUUAGUCUCGUAUCCACAUGUUGAGAAUAUGUCUUGUAUGUGA